GAUUCCGCCUUUUGUUUCAAACGCCCAGCCGAAAAUGUGGAGGAAAGCGAGCAGGUUGGUCAGGGAAACCACCUCGUGGAAAACGCGUCGUCAGGGACAAGCUGAAGCCCCAACAGCAGCAACAAAGGCAUCAUCCAGGACAUCGAGGACAUCGACUGCACGAGGAUUAGCCAUCAUCACAUGGUCGCAGUUCGCAGUUGUUGCCGCUGUUGCAGCACUCCUGCAAUGCCGCGUCUGUCAAGCCGCCGGACGAGCACCACCGGAACCCUACUACGGUCGCUAUAUCGGGGACUUUACCAACUUUGCCCACGGCAUCAAGGGUCAAAUCUACGCGGUGGACGAGUCGACGUUGUUCGUGAAAUCCUUUGCCUACGACGGCACAGGACCGGACGCCUUCUUCUGGGUGGGCAAGACGCCUCGUCCCAGUCCCGAGGGCUACAUCAUUCCCUAUCCGGAGGAGUACACGGGCAUGGAUCCCCCCAUUUUGCAGGCGCACAACCGAACGGACAUCAUACUGCGCUUACCCAUGGGCAAAAGGAUUAAGGACAUUCGAUGGCUGUCAGUGUGGUGCAGACGCUUCACGGUUGAUUUUGGAGAGGUGUUCAUACCACCCAAUCUGGAUGUGCCCAGGCCGCGUGUGCUGCCCGAAUUCAAGCGAUUGGCCCACGGCCUGCGUUCCAGCAACAUCAGUGUGCUGGAUGCCAAGACGUUCUACAUACCCAACCUGCACUACGAUGGCGCUGGACCCGAUGCCUAUUUCUGGGUGGGCAAUGGCAGCGAGCCGAACAUCAUGGGAAUCAAGGUGCCCAAUGAAAGUGGUUCUCUAGAACCGUUGCGUGGCUACCAGGGUGAAGACAUUGAGAUCCAACUGCCUGGCAGCCUGACCGUCUACGACAUCGACUGGCUGGCCGUUUGGUGUGUGGAGUACAGGCACAACUUCGGACAUGUCUACAUUCCCAGGGACCUGGACGUCCCGCCCGCCUUGGGUCAGACCAAGAUAACGCCUUCAUGGUGGUAUUCACCCACCACCACGACUCCCCGUCCGGUGUACAGCAAUUGUCGCGAGAUCCUGCCGAACAAGCUUCAGGUAAAGUGGGAGCUCCAGGGCGACUAUCUGCAGGUGGAACUCUUCGGACGCAUCACCGAGGAUCAGUACAUGGCCUUCGGACUGUCCGGGGCGAACGGACGACCCCAGAUGUCCCAGUCCGAUGUGGUGGUGGCCUUCUACGACACAACGACCCGUGUGUUCCGUGCCGAGGACUACUUCAUCUCGGACUUGUCCCAGUGCGAUGGUCAGCGGGGAGCUUGUCCCGACGAACGGAUCGGCGGUCGCAAUGAUGUGAUCGUGUUGAGCGGCGAUAGAAAGAAUGGUGUUACCAGCAUUCGCUAUAAGCGUCUUCUGCAGCCCAAUGAAGCCAUCUACGAUGCUCCUAUUCCCAUUGAUCGCGAGGUUUCGGUGAUCGCCGCCAUUGGACCACUUAAUUCGAGGAAGGAGGCCAAUGCCCACUCGCACACCGCCAGUGAUCACAACCAGGACGACAUUCGCAUCAACUUCUCGGCAAGGAACGAUCAUGCCUGCAAGAGUUCACUGUACGAUGUGAAGGACGAGAGUGGACCCAGGCCAUGGCCCACGCGGAAAAUCGAAGGUGUCAGGAAGUUCCGUGCCAGCAUUGGACCCACGGGCGGCAAGCGGGGCUAUACCUCCAUUACUGGGGUGCCCUCGUGGGGCAUUGCCUGGUAUGUGAACGAUCUGCUGAUCCCUGAGAUCACUGUGGAACGUGGCCUGACCUACGAGUUCAUCAUCGAGGGCGGCAAUGAUUCCGCUCAGCCAGCUAGAUAUCAUCCGUUCUACAUCACGGACUCUCCUGAAGGUGGACUGGGUCAGAAGAUGGGUCUGGAAGCCCGAAAACAAAAAGCUUAUGCUGGAGUUGAGUACAAUGAGGAUGGCGAUGCUAUUCCUACAGCAGCUGGUCGUUAUUGCGAAUGGGAGCACCAGACCAUUGAUCGAUCGGCGGAAAUCGAGAGUUUCGAGGAAUACAUGAAAACACUGGUCUUUAAGUGCGAGGAUGGCGAGCCAGGUUAUCUCAACUGGACAGUGCCCAUGGAUGCUCCCGAUCAGCUUUACUAUCAGUGCUUUACACAUAAUAAUCUCGGAUGGAAAAUCAAUGUCGUGGACAUGGGCGCCUCCAGGGGAUCGAUAGCCAGCAGUCAGCAACUUAUUUUAUACGGAAUUUCCACAGUUUUUAGCCUGGUCGCGACACGCCUGCUUUUUUGUGGUCGCGUACUUGCCUGAUAGUGCCAGUAAAUGGACCUGAAUUCUAGAUUUCUAGACAAAAUGUUCGACAGACGAGGGCCUGAGAUCUGAGCACAUAUCCAGAUCCGUACAUAUCCACAAGCAUUACCAUAUCCCGCCCAAAUUUAAAGCAUUUCCAUCUUCCAACUUCUCGAUACGAAUUUAUAAUUUCACACUCGUACACUCGGGACUUGUCUGUCGGAGGUUUUGGGCCACUUGGCGACUUUCACAACCAGGCUAAUAUCAUCUGAAAAACAUAUCUUGACAAUAAUUCGUAAGAUGUAAAACUGUUGAAAUUGUGUGUGCAUGCGUGAGGGCCCACUGUACUGCUGCAGUGGGCGUAGAAUGGGUGUUUGAGCCAUAUAGCCGGAACUUGAUCGGUUGUUGGCAGUAGAUUUUUGUGGCUAGGCAGCGAGAACUUUUUGUACAUUUACGAGUAUGGAAUUCUACUUUUUUACAUGUAUACUUAUUAAAUUUACUUAUACAUCUACAUCUCUAGAACAGUAAAUUGUAAUUUUUCUAGAAACUACUACAAAACCUACACACAGGCAUGUAGAUACAGAAUCAUGUUUAAUAUACGGUUCAAUGAAAACGUAAGUCGACAAUAAUUACGCGACAAUGCGACAAUAAAUAAAUGAUACAUAAUAAGAUAUAAUGCAUAAUAAAUUAUUGGGCUGCAACCGAAGCUCAAAGACAGUGUACAAUAAGAAUUACAUGGAUUUAGGAAGGCCAGAGAACGGAUGCAAUUUGUAUGACAAUAAAAUCUACAGAUUUGUGAAUUUUGAGAAAGUUUCGCAGACAAUAAAAUACUUUUACACACUUUGAAUGUACUAAGGAACUAAAGACAAAUAAGAGAACUAUGUUAUUUAAUGCUACUGACUACUGUGGUGCUUCUUGUAACGAUAUUAGAUGAAAUGUAAAUCACACGCCGCACACAAUUAGAAUGGAACACAAGAAUCCCCCUCUGGACGGGAUGAAGUUUUUGUUAUCAGAUGGUUUUCUUGUAACUUUUUUAACUAUAUUUGCAUAAUUGGUGUUUUUAUAUAAGCAUGGUAUAUAUAUAUAUUCGUGUAUGUUUACAAUAAGCGAUAUGUUUAUGAUGGUAAGUGAAAAGGAAAGACACACAACUAAGAUGUACGACAAUAAAAAGUGGACAAAUAAUUACCAUGCGUACUUAAGAAA